GUGUCAAGACAUCGAUAGACCGACCAGACCCUCCUACCUGCUGGUUUCUCUAGCGAGAGCUGAGGACCUGUGGGUUAGAGACCUCACUCGGCUUGCGACCUGCCCGUAGUUCUCCUGCACGCAGCCCUUCCCCACACGCUACUUACAGCAGCCGGUUGCCCUACUAAGCUUUCAUCGUCGUCGACGAGCUUUCUCCUACAAUAUCCACUGCCAUUCGUACGUUGCAGGCUGUAGUUCAUCUCAAAUCCUUCCUAAGUCCCGCCGGAAAACAACGAAUGUGAUAGAGACUUUCGGGAGAUAUCAAGAAAGGCUAAAAGGGAAAAGAAAAAAAAAUAUCCACCAAGAAAAGGAACCCGAAGAUAUCGAGGGCAACGUGAGAGAGAGAGAGAGAGAGAGAGAAAGGAAAGGGAAAAAAGCUACCAAAAACAAAGGGAAGGCGAGGAAAACAAGAGACAUAAUCACGACUACUGCGACUAGACACCCGCUGCCGAUAUCAAUACAAUACAAUACAAUACAAUAACUGCAAUGGCAUCCCCGCCCCCUGCUCCUCCUCCUGACGAAACAAUAUUGUCAACGUCGUCCAUCUUCUUUUCAUUUUCACCGGCCCCGCUUCCUGGUAUAUUCUCCUUUACAUCACCACCGCCCGCCGCAACCACAGUAUCGUCCUCGUAUUCAUCGUCGUCAUAUCCUCGAAAACGAGCACGACCACUGGCGGACAUCGAUGGGCUGGAUGGUGAUUUUCGUGACUACAACAAGAAACGUCGGUUACGACUGAGACUUAUCACCUCGCGACUGAGCGAACCUUUCGCCGUCCCCCCAACAAACAUACUUGAUCGAGGAAAUUGCUCUCGAGUAGCGUUAUGGGCAAAGACGAGAGCCGUUUCACGGAACGUUUUGAGAAAGGCGGCUAUACUGAACAAAAUAAAAAGAGAUGCUAUGGCUGCGAGGGCUGCUCAGGAACGGCAGGUUGAGAUAGCCAGGCAACAAUUCAGAGAAAAGAUUGCAGCGGCUGCCCAAUCGAGUCCCAAACGAAAUCACGUAGCCCAGUUUCACCCACCGCUAGAUCAAGGAGCAUGUAUAGUGAAGCCUCGAAAAACGAAGGGCUCGAAGAGCUCGCAGCACUCAAAAAAAAAUCAUAAAUCAGACUUACCGAGUAUACCAGACCCCUACGGGAUCCCAAAACAUCGGCGACCGCCAACACCUCCCAGUGAAUCAGAGCUGGAUUGGCAACGACGGGGCAUGGGCUUGGGCAUAUGAGUGAAUCGGAAAUCAAACAAAAAAAAAAUCGAAAUUAAAAAAAUCAACCUUGGUGAAAAGUUCUGGGAGGGGGGGUUUUUUUGUUAGAUGUCUCUUCUUUGUAUUUCUCUCUAUUGAUCUUUUUUUUUUUUUUCAUUUUCAUUUUCCUCGUGGUGUUGAUAUUUCGAGUGGGGUAACGGGAACUGGUCAUUUGGGAGACGCGGAGUAAUGGAGCCAACUUUUUGGGGGGAAAACCAAAACAGGGUUUUUUUUUUGUUCCUUUCUAGUUUCUGUUUAACCUCUUUUGCUUUCCCUCUUCUCUUUCUCGCUCGCUUUGCGGACAUGUACAACGGAAUUUUUUUCUUUGCGCUUUAUUGGGAGGGGAUUCGUCAAAUUCUGUAUUCUGUCAUCCUUAUUUGUUCUUGUCAUAACUCUUUCUGG